CAUCACGCAUCUUACGUAGAGACAAUGUCCGUUCGUUUGCGCCAUGAAACACCGGUGCAGAUCAAGUUUUGACAUGAAGGUGUGAGGAACGACACUCAGGAGAUUUAACGUUGAUGUGUUUAUUCUCGCCUGCGUUUGAGUCCAUUCGUGCGAUAUGUCUGUGUCCAGCACCCCCACCAGUAAUGAUGCUUGUCUAAGCAUCGUUCACAGCCUCAUGUGCCAUCGACAGGGUGGAGAGAGCGAGUCUUUCGCCAAGAGAGCCAUAGAGAGUUUGGUGAAGAAGCUGAAAGAGAAGAAAGAUGAGUUAGACGCUCUGAUUACUGCCAUCACGACGAAUGGUUCUCACCCCAGUAAAUGUGUGACUAUACAGCGCACGCUAGACGGCAGACUACAGGUGGCUGGUCGUAAAGGAUUUCCUCACGUAAUGUAUGCUCGACUGUGGCGAUGGCCAGACUUGCACAAGAAUGAACUGAAGCACAUGAAAUACUGUCAGUUUGCCUUUGACCUCAAAUGCGACAGUGUUUGUGUGAACCCGUACCACUACGAAAGGGUCGUGUCCCCCAGCAUUGAUCUGUCUGUACUUACACUAGGUGGCCCAGGCCCAAGUGGGGAAGUGAUGGUGAAGGAUGAAUUCGAGGGUCAGUCGUCUCAUUCUGCUGCUGAUGGUGGUCACAGUAGUCAAACUAUCCAGCACACUGCUGCCUCCUCUGCCCCGGCUGACACGUUCAACAGCCCCGUCCAACUGCCCCCAACUGACUCUGCAAGCUCCGCCUCUACCUCUGCAUUCACCAGUAUGAUGGUCGGACCAACAAAUGUCCCCAGCUCCUGGCCUAGAGGAAGCAGUUUCCCCCCCGGUAUCCCAAAUCAGAACGGCCACCUACAGCAUCAUCCGCCACUGCCCCAUACCGGCCAGUACUGGUCAGUGCAUGGUGAACUGGCUUUCCAACCUCCAGUUUCCACCCAUCCAGCUCCAGAUUACUGGUGCUCUAUCGCGUACUUUGAGAUGGAUAUUCAGGUAGGCGAGACUUUUAAGGUCCCGUCCAACUGUCCCAUCGUAAUGGUGGAUGGUUAUGUGGACCCAUCAGGUGGAGAUCGCUUCUGUCUUGGGCAACUGAGUAACGUUCACCGCACAGAGGCAAUAGAGAGAGCCAGGCUUCACAUUGGUAAAGGAGUUCAGCUGGAGUGUAAAGGCGAGGGGGAUGUGUGGGUGCACUGUCUCAGUGAUCACGCUGUGUUUGUCCAGAGUUAUUAUCUGGACCGGGAGGCUGGACGAGCUCCGGGAGAUGCUGUCCACAAAAUUUACCCCAGUGCUUACAUCAAGGUGUUCGAUUUACGGCAGUGUCAUCGGCAAAUGCAGCAGCAGGCAGCUACUGCUAAGGCUGCAGCAACUGCGCAGGCGGCUGCAGUGGCGGGAAACAUCCCAGGCCCUGGGUCAGUGGGCGGCAUCGCUCCUGCUAUCAGUCUGUCUGCCGCGGCGGGUAUUGGCGUGGACGACCUGCGGCGUCUCUGCAUCUUGCGCAUGAGUUUCGUGAAGGGCUGGGGACCAGAUUACCCUCGCCAGAGCAUCAAAGAGACCCCAUGCUGGAUUGAGAUCCAUUUACACCGGGCUUUACAGCUCCUGGACGAGGUUCUGCACACCAUGCCUAUUGCCGACCCGCACCCUAUGGACUAAUCCUGAAACACUCAUAACCUCCAACCUUAUUAGAAUUCAUACAGCUCAAAAUGACUCAAAUGACUUUCUGCAGCAGCUCCACAGAGUUGUUACAUCAUCUCUAUCGGAACGUUAAAAACCAGCAAUAGUACAAACCCUAACUCUUUUGUUUCAAACAGUACUGUAUAUCAAAAUUACACUUUUUAAAAACUCAUUACUAGACUAUGAAGUUUGAUGAUCGAACAGGACCCUAAAUACUUGUAUAAAGCUCUAUUUGGGGAAGUUCAGAGACUUGCAUUAUGUUGUAUUUUAUCAAAUGGUGUCAUGAGUUUACUGCCAUAAACAUACAGUGGUCACGUACACAACAGAUAAAUAUUGUUGUCACUCCUCGUAAUCACGUUCUGUACACACAUUGGCCUUUUUUAAGAAAUGCGAGCACAAAGAAUUUGGAAUUUUGUAAAUUUUGCAUGAAACCAUUCAUAUGUAAAUUGCAGUAGGGAAAUGAGUGCAACAUUUCAGGUAAAAAUAAUACUUUUAUGCAUGGUUUACUCGAUUACAUAAAUUGCUGCGUUAAUUAAAUAAAAAAGAAAAACAUUUGUUCAGUUAGUGUUUCGUGUUACAUUCUAAAGUAAACGGAUCAGUAAAGUUCAGUUAUUUAUGGUAACGACGACUGCAUUUAACUACCGAAUUUCGAGUUUUGUAAAUUGUGCGUAAAACGUAUCUUAUUUAAGAUGCUGCAGUGAAUUGAAUGCAACAUUUUUGGUUUACACUCAAUAGCAUAAAUUGUUGCUUUCAAUUAAACUAGACCAUUUUUUUUACGUACGAUUUACAUAAUUGGUUAGCUAAUGAUUCAUGAUAGUUCGUAAUACCAUUCUUCUGUAAAUUGUCACAUUCACAGUUUAUGAAUAAUUUCCACAGAAAUACUAGACGUUCACAUCGUGUUUCAUGAAUGAGCCCUAAAGAUCAGUUAUUUAUGGUAAUGACAACUGCAUUUAACAACUGUAUUUCAUGUUUUGUAAAUUGUGCAUAAAACAUGUAUUAUGUAAAUUGCGGCAUUUCAGGUAAAAAUAGUUUAACGAACGCUUUACACUGGAUUACACAAAUUGUUGCAUUUAAUUCAACAUGACAAUUUCUGUAAGAAUGAUUUUACAAACGAUUUACACACAUUUGUUCAGUUAGUGUUUCAUGAUAGUUCACAACACCAUUCUUACCUAAAUUGUCAAAUUCACAGUUUUCGUUGAUUUUACAAACAAUUUACAUAGCAAUACGUUCACCUUGCGUUUCAUGAAUGAUGCACAAAGUUUGGUUGUUUAACCGAAUUCACUUCCGAAAAAUUCAGGUCGUUACAACUACAUUUACCUUAAAUCUACGCAAUCUGACAUUUGUUUAAAAUGUGGUUGUCUGUACCAAAACUUUAGUGUGUGUGUGACCAGAGUAUUUUCCUUUUGUGUUUUUGUACUCUUAUACAUUAUUUUAUACAUUUGAUAAAGCUAACGUUUACUUAUUUGUAUCAAGCACUUGGUUACUUCAUAUCACCUGUAAAGACUUUUGUAUCCAUGUACUGAUUCAGGGGCUCCGUCUUAAUAUUAAAUAUCACUACUCUGCCUCUGUAGUGCUGAUUCAAUCAGAGAUCAGACAAAUGAGAGCAGACACUAUGAUAACGACUCAUCUUGCCUCCAGGCAAACAGUUUUAUCAGUGUUAUGAUAAGAGAAAUAUGAUUUUUUUGAGAUGGGGCCCUAAGUGCAACUCUUUUGUAUAGAACUGUCCACUCCGUUGACACAGACGGGUUAGAUUGGAUAUCUUUAAUACGGAGUAACUGAUUGUUAUUUUCCUAACGAAGAUGUUUUUUCUGGCAUUUCUUUACUUUGAUGAUGUUUAUUUUUUGUGAUGCAUGUUUAUGAUGACAUAGAGACGGAACCACCUGUGAUAAUUAUCAUGUCAAGCAGUAGGCAACAGUAGUACAGAAUGGCAUACCAAUACAUUAUUUUGCAGUAUGUAUCUGUUCACAGUAUGCACAUUUUCUGUAUGCAUGGAAUACCCGGAUGUCCUACAUUUGUCAAAAUGUGCCGUAUACAAACAGAGCACACUGCACUGAUUUACUAAGAAUAAAUAAAUAAAAACAUACCUUUUAAUCUUCAACCGAUAACUUGCAACGUAGUGAGGUCAUGUGACAGCAACAUAUACACUACUGUUUUUAGCACUCGUUGCAUAUUGCUAACUUUUUCACUUAUUAAAAUUAAAAAAAAAAUUGUAGAUACUGUGCAGAAUGCAGUAUACCAGUAUUCCUGCGUGUCAAACAGAGACAGUUAAGGUGUGUGUACAAGUGAAAGACGUUAAACUGGUUGUUCUAGCCAGGGGGAUUGUUUUUGUUUCUUCACAUUUUAGAGCCUUUUCCUUCUUUUUAUCUGUUAAUGUACAUCAGUGUCAUGGACCUCAUCUGCUCAACAUGUUUGUUAUUACCGCAUGACUGCACCGUUCUAUCCCAGGACUAUAUACUGUAUUAGUACAGUAAUUAUAAGUGUCAUUUGUCACAAGAACACAAAACUAACUUUCAAACAAAGGGCCAUUUGACCACAAAGUGGCUUGUUACAACACUGACAAUUACACGUUAAUAUCUGGUUUGUAUUAUUAUUAUUAUUUAGAAGGUGUUUGGUUACAGUAUAAAAUUGCAUUGUUUUGUUUUUUUACGUAAAAUUAAAAUGCCACAGAUACACAAUGAUUAAUUGUAUUUGCCAGGGCAAGCAGCACCAUUUUUACUGUCAUAUCAUUUCAACCCCUUACCUGCGUAUUAAC